AUGCACCACCAAACGCCCACCGGCCUCCUCAAACUCUCGAGGACGCUCUUCCUCGCAACUCUGGCCCUCCCAGCAGCCCUUGCCCAGGAGAAACCAGCAGAUUCUGCGCUCGAGUCGCGAUUCUCGCGACCUGGUCCAGACCAAGGGAUCGUCGACAUAGUGCCCGUUGCGGAUGCUCCACCCGUCUCCGUCCAUAUCAAUGCUCCUGUCGCGAUCAUCUAUGAGCAUGACGAAAACAAAGAUAGCGCAGCGCUCCUCCCAAGAGCCUCAUCGCCAUCUCCUGCUUCGUCAACAAGCUUCCCCACAACAUUCGACACUAGCCUCUCCACCAACUUCACCACCGACUCCUGCAGCGACUUCAUAACAGAAACCCUCGCAUCCUCGUCCUUUACAGACUGCCACGCCAUCUCCACCCUCCUCCGCGACUCAACAGGCUUCUUCCACACCCUCACCUCCGCCGCCUCAACAUCGCACGUCCUCGACAUCGCCUGCGCCGCCGAUGUCUCCUCCUGUGCCGACACAAUGUCCGACCUGGCCGCCGACCUCCUCGACGACAACAACUGCGGCAUCGAUUACGCAGACGGCAACCCGCUCGUCUCAAACGCCUACGUCAACAUGAUCACCUACGAGCCCAUAUACCGUGCAACAUGUCUCCAGAGCCCGGACACAACGAACUACUGCUUCGUCGACGCCGUCACGAACACCUCGAAUCCUGAGGACUACGACGUCUAUCUCAUCCCCUACGGCAGUGUGAUCGAUACCUCGCCGUAUCCGACGUGCAAUGCAUGUCUCCAGGCUACGCUCGAUGUGUUCAGCCAAUGGGCGCAAGUUGACGGCCAGCCGCUGGCAGGGUCGUAUUUGCCUUCGGCGAAAGCAGUAAAUCGACGGUGCGGGUCGGACUUUGCGAAUGUUAACAUUACAGUCGGGGAGACGAGCAGCACUAGCGAGGACAACGUACCGCAUACUGAUGCGUCGGUCAAGCUAUCCGUCUCUCUACCUCUCUACAUCUCUCUAUCGGCCGUCGUUGGGUCGCUGCUAAGUAUAUAA